AGAGACUCUAGGCCUAGGGUCCCUGUGAUCUCCACCUUCGUCGUCGGCGUCGUCAUCUUCGAUUGGAUUCUCUCUUCUGGGAAAAAGGUCUCUGGGAGAAACACGGAAACUUCUAGAGAGAGAGAGAGAGAGAGAGAGAUGGGGGAGGAGAAGGAGGACUCGCAGAAGCUGAAGAGGAUAGCGGCGGGGGCGUACGACUACGAGAACGAUCCGAGAUGGGCUGAUUACUGGUCCAACAUCCUCAUCCCUCCUCAGAUGUCCUCUCGUCCGGACGUCGUAGGCCACUACAAGCGCAAGUUCUAUCAGCGCUUCAUCGAUCCCGAUCUCAUUGUUGAGCCAAUGUCUUCUGGUAGUUCUUCUCAGUCAGCAAGGCAAUCUAUUCCAUCCUCAGCUUCAUCAACGACCAAUGAGCAGCCUCGAUCCCAUAACACAGGGUCUACUACCAGGAGCUCUAGUGCAUCGGCAACUUCAGCUUCAAAUCCAACUUCUUUGCGCUGGGAUCGGCAAACUAUACAAUUUUCUGUCAAUGCUUGGGUAUUUGUUGUGGCUGUACUGGCCAUAUUCCCACUUGUGCCUCGAAAUCUUUCAAAUAGGGCCUAUCGCCUUUCAUUUAUGGGCACCGCAUGUUCCUCUAUGUAUUCUCUGUACUCACUAUAUGGGAAACCUAGGGCAUGGAAUAUGCAAGCUCUGCAAGUAUACUUCCAAACAAUAAUAGUGACCAAGGACUUCAUCUACUUCAUCUACUGCCUGACAUUUGUCACUUCACAUCUUUACCUUAAAUUCGCUUUAAUCCCCAUCAUGUGCCGAACUCUUGAGCAUGUGGCCAAGUUUUUAAGGCGUAAUUUUAGCCGUUCUUCCUUGUACAGAAAGUACUUGGAAGAGCCUUGUGUAUGGGUGGAGUCAAACACAACUACACUUAGCAUAUUGUCCUCCCAAGCUGAGAUUGGAGUUGGCAUUUUGCUACUUAUCUCGUUGUUAUCGUGGCAGCGCAACAUCAUACAGACAUUCAUGUACUGGCAGCUUUUAAAGCUCAUGUAUCAUGCCCCUGCAACUGCGGGCUAUCAUCAAAGCGCAUGGGCUAAGGUUGGAAGGAGUGUAAAUCCGCUUAUUCAAUGCUAUGCUCCAUUCUUGAACACUCCAUUAUCUGCUGCUCAGAGAUGGUGGUUCAGGUAGUGCCUAAAAGGUAGGAGACUCGGGGGGGCAUUUUCUUGCUAGGACUUCUGGUGACUCGUCGGAGGGGACACACUGAUAAAUGUCUGAGAAAGCCAUCCUAAACUGUAGAUGGAUGGUAAUUAAUACUUUGAAACUGUGUCUCUGUUCUUGAUUCUUGAUUGGUUCUGGUGGGCCAUCACGUCCUGUUUUCUCACUGAUGUCCUCCUAGCUUUGUCGUCGGUAGUUUGAUCCAUCUGCUCGGUAGGCCAAAUCUGGAGGUUGGAAUUUGCCUUGACAUCAUUUAAAAUGGCACGUUGUCUUUGAUACUCUGCAAUCUCCUCUUGGUGAUUGGCAUGAAACCUGAAACGCAUUCAUGUCCUAGGCAAAUAACUGCCUUAUUUUACU